AUGAGUCGCCCACAAAGGAAAGGGAGGAGUGUGUCUCUUAUAAAGGAUAAGCCAAAACACAAAUUAGUACAUUUACAAAUUGAGUUUGAUGAGUUAGGUCAAACUAUCGGAAAUAACAGAUUUGAAUUCACCACCUAUUGUGGAGUCACUGUGAGAACUAGAAUUUCUAUCCUAAAACAGUGGAAUGAAGUGCCUCAACCUGAGAUUGAUGAGUUGUGGUUAAAUAUUAAGACUCACUGGAACAUACCAAAUGAUGAUUACAAAGCUCAGGUACUUAAAGUUUGCAAUCAACAAUGGAGGAGCUACAAGUCCAAGCUUGUCAAGAUCAUGGACAAACGCAUUGAUCCGUUAGAAAAAUACCCCUACCUAGACAAAGACAUGUGGAACUAUUUUGUAAAGCAAAAGUCCAAGCCCGAAUUUAAGGAAAUAAGAGUGAAAGCAACAGCAAGUGUGAUGAUGAACAAGAACCCGCCCCGUUUAGGCCCACAAGGGUAUCGUGGCAUGCGACCUCGAUGGGAGCAAGAGAUGGAGUCUGGUGUAUUGACAAAAGCCCACCAGAUAUCAAGCGAACGAGCAAGGGAUUAUAUAUUUGCUCGGUUAAAACGCGAUUCCUCAGGGGCAUUGAUUGUAACACCAGAUAUGGAGCCCUUAGUAGAUAACAUUGUAGAGAAGGAAAAGCAAGUAUCUCAAGGAGACUUGGAGAUUAGACCAGGAUCCGAUCUAUUGGUUGAGGUUUUAGGACCAGAGCAUCCUGGUCGUAUGAGGGCAAUCGGGUACAAUGUUGGAUUGAAGCAAUCUAUACUAGGGAUUAAAGAGAAAAAUAGGAAAAAACAUGAGAUACUAGUUUUGAAAGAGAUGAAGGCUAAGCAAGAGGAACAUGCCAAAUCGAUUGCUGACAUGGAAGAUAAGAUCGCCUCAUUACGACGUGAGAUUGCUAAGAAUAAUGAUGACACUGUUACAAGCCCGGUGGUGAACAAAACUAGUCUUGAAUCGACAGCAGUGGUGGAUGCAUUAGAAAAAUAUCAGUGCGUUCCUACAGAGUGUGAGUUGUUGCUACCUUACGACAUGGUGCAAAGAAGAUGUGCCAAGGGACGCGUCCACCCAUUUACAAAUGGGAUAGUACAUUUGACACCUUUACAAAAAGAUCAUGUGAAGGUAUCAGUAGAUAUAAUCUAUGGUGACUAUCAUUCUCUCCAUAUUCCUGUGCCGACCAGUGAUGAUGAUAACCUAGGGGAAGCACUUUAUAGUUUUAUUCAGUGGCCUAGACAUGCGAUUCUUCUUACUAAGACCUCCCACUCGCCUCCAUCCGUGGAAAAAGAUGCAAGUCCUCCCACUAAAAAAGUUGCCUCUGUUAUGGAUAACCAGGUCCAACAAUACCAAAAAAGGCAAGCAGCCAAGCGGUUGCCAACAAUUGCAAAGAGGGCAACACAAAAAUUUGUGACACCAAAGAAAGUACAAGGCAUACCGGUCAUUCAAUCAUGGUAUAGUAGUUUUACAAGCAACAAAUUUGUUGAAGAAUUUCAUGUUGAGUCAGAACCUGAAUGUGUCCAUGAUGAGCAGGACAAGACAAACCAACACAACAAUCGUGUUGCAACUGAGAUCGCUAAAACAAUGAAUUUCCAUAAAGAAAAAGACUUUUUUCUUGCCCCAUAUUGGAAAAGUCGACAUUGGUUGCUGCUUGUGAUUUGCCCUUAUCAACACACUGGUUACAUUUUGGAUUCCAUCAAGAAGUCGGGAAAUCCGACUGAUUCCUACAAAGCCAUAAAGCAUGUUGAAAAGGCUGUUGAAAUGUUUAAUGAAGAUUUUGAAACAUCACAUCCAAUGACAUGGACGAUUGCUGAUCUUUUCAUUGCUGAUGGUUGGUUCGAGUCCACUUUGAAUAAUGGAGCCACAGUAAUCAGAAAGUCAAACGAAAGGGAAUGGGUCUUCGAUUCCCCUCAGCUCGGAGACGAAAAGGGACCGCAAGCAACAUCUUCUUUAUUUCUUCUUUUCUUGAUUCGCUAUGAAGCACGAAGAAGGAGUCGAUUUUUCCGGCGGUUCAUGCCUUCAAUCGGGGUUGUGGGGGUUGAGAAGGGUAGCAACACCCGAAGAGGGUGCUUGUGGUGGUGCUUCUUGGCAGAAAAAGGAAGGGAAGGGGAUAUGGAGGUGGCGGCAGUGGGGAACCGGGAAAACAUCACCGAUUAUUCUAGUUCUUUGACAGGGGAAGGAGACGAACGAGAUGACAGUCGUUGA